UUGAGAGAGCGCGUUUCAGACAGAGAAAUUGGGACAGAGAGGGGGUUAGGUUUGAGAGAGAAAUUGUAUAGAGAGAGAGAGGGUGGGGUCAGGAGAAUGGGGAUACACAGUAUGUUGGUUUUUGUAGCAGAAGCACUAUCUUUUCUCGAGUGCUUGAUUGACAUUGAGUGCAGAAGGAGAGAGAACGCGUAUGGGUUAUGGAAGGGAAGAUAGAGAGAGUUAGAAAGGAAGGGGGGCCCUCGGUUAGUGGUAGAGACUGACAGGUGAGAGAGAAGAUGGGUACUCCAUACCUGGGGACCGGGGAGCAAAACUUAAUGGGUUCCAGGAAACCCAACACCAACCCCUUAGCCCACAUCAAAGAUCGCCUUCUUCUUCUGUUUAUUGAGUGGGUUAUGGAAAUCUAGAGAGAGAAAGUCCCAUAAUUCUCUUGAAAAGGAGAACAUGACCUUGUCGGUGGUUUUGGGUUGUUCAGCACACAGUGCCUGCAAGCUUUCCAAUUCCAUGGCCAAAACCCCAAAAAGUGACUGCUUUGGAACCCUUAAUUAGAGGCUAAAGUUGAGGCAUCAUCAAAGAGAAGGCAAGAAAGGAUGUUCUUCUGUUUUCUCCUCUGGUUUUUUUCUUUUUUCUUUUGUGGGUAGAGAGAGAGAGGAAACCCCACUCUAUGGUCCUGAACCCAUGGGCAUAAUGUUAGAGAUCUGAGUUUUCACAGUUAGAACUUAGAAGUAAGCCCUAGCAAAGGACCCCACAAGCUACUGUGCUCUUCUUUUAUUGAUUGCACACAAGUUUUGGGAAUUCUUUUGUUCUGCUAAUUUUUAAUCUCUGCUUAAGUUUUAUCCCCUUCUUGUUCAGCACCACUCUUUCUCCCCUUCUUGUUCAGCACCACUCUUUCUCUCUAAGCUGGUCUGCAGUCCCCUUCAAUUUAAAUGAACCCCACAUGACUCUCUCUCUCUCAGCUGAUCUUUACCUUCAUUUUCAAAUGCCCAACUUGACUCUCUCUCUAAACUGGUUAGAAGUCCAGUGCUUAAUAUUAAUCACCUCUAUUUGACAUUCUCAUUCUAAACUGGUGUGAAUUCUUUGUUCAAUUAGCCCAUUUUCUCUCUCUACCUGUCUGCAGACCCUUAUUCAAUCGCCUCACUGAACACAAUCUUUCUCUCUCUAAGCUCAUCUACAAGUCCCCUUCCCUCCUUAUUGAAUCACUCCUACUUCUCUCUCUCUCCUCUUUAAGUCACUGCAUCUCUCCCUCUCUAGGUUAAGAAAGCCAUGCAAUUAGGGCAAAACCCUGAGGACUGGUGCACUGAAGUCGACAGGUCUUCCUACAUUAGGUAGAGUUCCAAUAUUUAGCAUGGCUCAAGUACCUGACCUAAAUCAGCCGUUCUAGAGAGAGAGAGAUCUAGGGAAAGAGAGCUAUCAGAGGAAGACGAUAAAAGGUGGUCGAAAUAAGAAUUGAUGGACCUAGGGGGCCCGGACGCAGACAUAGAGAGAGGAGCCAUGCCCAUCUCAGUCGGCUUCGGCCCUAUUCACCAGUCCCCCACCAAGCCCGCCAAACCCACCCACUGCGAAGCCAGGCUCGAGCCUGCCCCACCCCAUGUCUCACCGAACCCCCGCCUGAAGCGCCGCAACUCUCACUAUGGCGAGUGCCUCAAGAACCAUGCCGCUGCCAUCGGUGGCCAUGCCCUUGACGGGUGCUGCGAGUUCAUGCCCAGCGGUGAAGAAGGUUCCAUUGAAUCCCUAAAAUGCGCCGCCUGCAAUUGCCACCGAAACUUCCAUCGAAAAGACUCAGAAGAAAAUUCUAUACCACAAAGUUGCUUGUACUGUUAUCACAGAAGCCCUAAGGCAGUGAAGAGCAACAACCAUUUCCUUCCCCUCCCUUCGAGCCCGCAAGGAGUUAUACCGGGACCUCCAUUUUCAAUGGUGGCCUUCGGGCCUAACGAUUCAUCGAGUGAGGACUUGCACAAUCAGGUCAUAAGACCCAUGUGUGUUGUUUCAAAACAAAGUAACGGUAACAAGGGAAGUGAUCACAAGAGAUUCAGGACAAAGUUUACGCAGGAGCAGAAGGAGAGAAUGUUAGGGUUUGCAGAGAGGGUGGGUUGGAGGAUACAGAAGCAGGAUGAAGGGGCGGUGCAGAGGUUUUGUGAUGAGGUUGGGGUGAAGAGGCAUGUCUUGAAGGUUUGGAUGCAUAACAAUAAGAAUACUCUGGGGAAGAAGUCCUCUUCAUAGAAUCAUAGAGAGAGAAGCCUGGUGCAAAGCAAUAUUUUUAGAAAGAGAAAGUGGGUUCUUGAUUGUCUCUCAGGCUUGAUGAGCAGUGGGGUUCUUCUCUCUAUUGCAUGCUCUCGUCGUCCCAUCCUUCACUUCAAAAUCCAUGACGCGGCUUCCGAGGAGAAACAGCACAGUGUGGAGCAAGUGGGGGCACCUUUCUGGUUCUCAAUUCCCCUUUACUUGCAAGGAGCAGCCUUUCUCUCUUUCUUCUGCAAGUUUACAAUGGAACCCGACAAGACCAAGUAACGAGAUUCUCUCUCUCUCUCUCCUCCUUUAAAUUGUAAAUUUUAGUGAGAGAAACCCACUUCCAAAAACUCUGCAAAAGCAUGUCUUGAAUCUCUCUCUGAUCAUGUAAGUACAUUCUGAGUUCCUAGAGAUUAACCCAACUCUCAGAUUAGAGUGUAUUUUACCUUUGAAAUUAGUGUGCGUUACCCUAAAAUGUGUAAGAUGAGCUUUGUUUCUAUAUAA